GAUGUUGAAAAAAACACAAACAAAACAACAAUAAACUUAGAUUGUGCAUUCCGUGAGGAGCAGAGAGACACCACCGGACCUAGUCACUGUCAGACGACCGGAGCCGCUAGACAGAGAGACUCCAUAAGGCGGAGAUAGAGUGUUUCAGAGGGCCGUUACCGGUGGAAAGUCAAUCCUUGAAGCAAUCCAAGUCUGAGAAGAAACAGUAUGACCAGUGCCACCACAGACACAGACGGGCGAGUGAAGAUGGGGGAAGAAGAAAAGAAUUCUCUUGAGAUUGAGUUUGAGAAUCGACCCGCUAUCUUCGUCCUUGGAUCCUCCAAUGUUGGCAAACGGACCCUCCUCUCCCGAUUACUCUCUGUGGAUUUUGAAGAGGCUUCUGAUUCAUCGUCUGAUUUUAGGAUUACUCUCUGUGGAUUUUGAAGAAGCUUCUGAUUCAUCGUCUCAACUUUGUUGCCAUGGCUGGACUAUCAACACCAAGUACUACACGGCUGAUGUUUCUGUAUGGAUGGCUCAUCUUCAUGAUGCCUUCUCUAUUGGGACAUUGCCAAUGUUUAACCAGUUGGCUGCCUUGGUCAUGGUUUUUGACAUGAAUGAUUUAUCAUCUCUUGUUGCCCUUAAGGAUUGGGUAGCUCGCACUGAUAUUCAAAAUUUUGAAAUAUUAUUAUGCAUUGGCAACAAGGUGGAUCUCCUUCCAGGGCAUCCAGUUCAUUCUGAAUACAGAAGACACCUGCAGAAGCAGCUUGGAGAUUCCUCUGCUGAUCCUUAUGCAGAGUCUACUGAAUAUGGAAUUUCAGAAACUGAAGGAAGUAGUCUAUUGGGUGACGAAGAACCUUCGUGCAAGAUUAGGAGGUCUUGUUUGGAAUGGUGCACUCAACAUAACAUUGAAUUUAUUGAAGCUUGUGCUUCCAAUGCUGAUUUUGACAAGUGUUUAUCAGUUGAUGGUGAUUCACAAGGAGUUGAACGCCUCUAUGGUGCUCUUUCGGCUCAUAUGUGGCCUGGAAUGAUUCUAAAAUCUGGCAAUAAAAUAACUGAACCAUCAUUACCUGAAAAAGAAGAGUUAUCUUCAGGAGAAUCUGAUUUUGAAUUUGAGUAUGAAAUCCUCUCUGCUGGCUCAGCUGAACCAUGGGAUGACACAGAUAAAGGAUGGGUUUCUGCAAAUGCUGUUACCCCAUCCUCAGAGAUGGCAGGGUUUGUUGCUCAAAAUAGCUCUGUCGUUGAACGUGAUCAAGAGAAUGGAACCAGAUCUGAUGAAGAAAAGCCUUCAACUUCAACGGCGUCAUUGCAGGAUGAGAAUGACCAGGGUGUGAUACCAAAUGCAUCUGAGCAAGCCACAGAGGUGGAUGAGAGUGCACCUUUUGAAUUAGAGGAUUUGGAACAGUUGAUGUCCGAGAUAGGGAAUGUGCGUGAAAGCUUGAGAUUGAUGCCUGAUUUUCAGAGGAGGGAAAUGGCAGCAAAGCUAGCCAUGAAAAUGGCUGCUAUGUUUGGGGGUGAAAGUGAUAAUGAUGAGGAAAUUUGAUCAGGGAAUGGGCUUACAAUGCUUUGGACUUCAUUGAAUUUUGUUCUUAGUGUCAUUCAUGAUCUUAUGUUGGGAGGACAUGAGCUGUCUGUUUAUGUACAAAGCAUCUCCUGUGUUGCUAUUCUGCUCUCUGAUUCUCUUGUCACUGCACAACAUGGUUAGUCAUGGAUUAAUAUGCCCGUGAUGUGCUCAAAGAGUUAAAGCCCAGAUUCUCCAAAACAUUGAUACAAAUAUAAAUCCUUGUAGAGGUUGUGUGAUAAUAGUUAAAUGCUUUCAUAUGUAGAUUGACAUUGAUAAGAAAAAUUAGCCAAAUUUUGCUUGUCUUUAAAUUGCCUGUAUUGCCUCUGCAUUUCCUGAGUUUUUGUGCAUGAAUUGAUGAUGAAAGAACUAAGGAUAUCUGUAUUGCCUUAUCAUUCAUUUUAUCUAAUACUGAAUGUUUACCAGUUA